AUGACCACAACUGCUCGACAGCCAAAGCCUCUCAGGAAAGGCGCAGAGCCUGCUCGUGCUUGGACAGGCGCGCGGGCUUCUCCUACUUUUUCUGCCUCUCCAGCUCCUUCGCGCCCUCCAAAUGCUCAACAGCCCGCGAGUCCCCCUUCGGGUCUGGCAAAUGGUGCUAGGCCUGAAGACAGCAUCCUUCGGUCACUUUCAGGUUUAACUGGUACCACUAUUACACUUAUGACCAAGACGUCCAUUCAUUAUGAAGGCGUCAUAUCUUCGACAAGCGGUGAGGGCGACACGACCGGUGUCACCCUCAAAGAUGUUAAAGAGAUCUCCAACCCUGGUGCCCAACUCAAAGACCAAAUCUUUAUAGCUUCUACCAACAUCGAGAGGUGGGCGUCGGGUCCAGCUAAUGCUAAACCGACUAACGGCGAAACAUUUCGGACCGACUCAGAUAUCAGCCAAAAGAAGCUCGGUUCUAGAGAACGUGAACUGCAGGCAUGGCAACCCUCUUCUGAUGCUCCCAUGCCUGCCCAGUAUGCCCAAGGCGACGAGGCUACGUUUGGCCCCGGCGCCAAUAACACGUCUUGGGACCAGUUUGCUGUUAAUAAGACCCUGUUUGGAGUCACUGCUAGCUUCGAUGAGGAUGCAUACACAACAAAGCUCGAUCGUUCUACUGCGGAUUAUAAGGAACGGGAGCGCAAGGCUCAGCGCAUCGCCGAUGAGAUUAUCGGGGCUGCUUCAAGCAACCCUCAUAUCGCUGAAGAACGGAAUCAGACCGUGGAUGAUAGUGGCGUCAACGAGGAGGACAAGUAUGGAGCUGUUGUAAGAGGAACUAAUGCAUAUGUUCCUCCAGGCGCCCGGAAGCCUGGCGCCCUACCUCCUGUUUCCAAUGCGGCAAGGAAUGAUGUUCCUAAAGUUUCUGUGAAUGGUCCAGAUGGUGCAGCUGUUGCUUCUCAGUCUCAGUCUCCCCCCUCGUCGUCCAAGGCUUCUUCUCCCGCCCCUUCCUCUGGUUCAACUAAGCCGCCCGCGGAUGCUGUACCCGCUUUCCGUGAUUUCGUAACCAACGAAAAACAACGGCUCACACAGAAACGACAGGCUCUAGUCAAGAGUGAAAUGGAGAAACGCGUGGCGGAACUGGUGAAAUUCAGUCAGAAUUUCAAGCUCAACAAACCUAUUCCUGAUGACCUGGUCCCUAUCCUUGCUAAGGAUGAGGACAAACAGCGAGCUAUUAAGGAGAAGGCCAGCAAAGAUGCUGCCUCUGCUCAAGCCCGUAACAUCGGAUCGAACGUGCCUUCUGGCGCGCCUCGAGCCAAUCCCGCCAAACUUACUGACCCUGCGAGGAAGCCGAGCGCAACGUCGACUGCCGCCAAAACACCAGCGCCACCUGCUGCUGCUGCUGCAUCUGCUGCAACACAGAAGCCUGCUGCCUCCACAGCGAAGCCGGCGGAAUCGACAGUUAAGAAGCCCAUCCCUAUGGUCAUCCAGGCGAUACCGCCUUUCAAAGGUCCCAAGAGUCGCUCCGUUCAAUCAGCGUCUGCGGCUAAGAACGCGAAUGGUGCCGCCGCCUCGCCCACCCCACUUCAAGAUUCUGCGCAUACUGCUCCGUUAAAACCGCCACAAUCACCAUCUGCACGAUUGAAUGCCAACGCUUCAUCAUUCAGGCCUAAUCCCAAAGCGAGUGCUUUCACGCCGGGGACCCCUUCUCCUGCUUCCUCCUCCGCUUCUCCUAAGCCGAAAGAUGUGGCAACUCCCAACCCAUUUUUCGGUACACGACUCAUUAAGAAAACCCCUCCCGUCAACAUCAAGGACGAUUUCAAUCCUUUCAAGCACAACAAAGUUGUUGAUGCGUCUGGAAUCGCUGCCAUGUGGCCAUAUAAUGGCAAAAGAUACCUGUCGAUGUAUCCUCAACCUCCGCACCAGCCUCCUCAGCACUCUCCUCACAUGGUUGCACCCCCGCCUCCAAUGCCACCUCCUUCCUACGAAGAAGAUUCGGCAGCACAAGCCGCGGCUCGUGGGGGUUAUAUAUUUUAUCCUCCUUACGGAUAUCCGGGCCAGCCCCCAAUGAUGGCAGGGAUGGCGCCUCCUGGUCCGCCAGGUGCCUAUAUGCCUGGUCCCUUCAUGCCGCCAAUGCCUUAUCCUCCCGCUAUGUAUGCUCCACCAGGAAUGGGUCAAAUACCUCCGCAAGCUUACAUGCCUCCACCACCACCUCCGGGCGGUUAUCCUUCAGCAAACGGUGCGGGUCCUCGGCAAUCGAUGCCUCCAACCCCGAUUCCGCAACAUGCGCAUACAUACUACCACCAGAGUCCUCAGUUACAACAUGCAGUGCCAUAUGGUAUGAUGAUGCCUCCGCCUUCUGUGCCUCCUCAUGGGUACGAGGGAGGUCCAACGCCGGUACCAAUGGGUGGACAUGCAUGAUGGAACUGAUGUCGUGUCCCAUAUGUUCAUAUGCCACCAUGAAUAUGUCCAGGCUGAGCUCGGAGUUUAUUCUGUUUCCUGAGAUCCAUAUCAGCUGUUUCUGGGUAUCGAGGUGUGUAACUAGCGCUAAAUCAUCAUCGUUGUUGUUGUGGAUUUCUGGAAUAUCAUUGCUAUCUUGCUGUCUGCCGCAACCCAGCUCAGUCCCCUGGCUGUACCGAUACAUUGUUACAUAGCAAGCGCCCAACUAAAACACUACCAUAU